UAAAUCUCUUUACUCCGGAAACUAAAGUGAGAAGUGAAUCCUUCUAAGCAUAUGAUGCACACAUAGAGGUGGUUGAUACAUCGAGGUGGUUGUUUUCAACGCUCAAAAAUUUUUCUGAAACAAUGGAUUUGGAUUAUGUCAAUUAUGAUGACUACAUUUCAACCGAUGAAACUGAGAAUACUACAAGUGACGAUGGGCAAUUCCUUUUUAAUGACACCCAGACACCUUUGGCCCCAAUACUGGUUACAAUAAAUGUCAUUAUAUGUGUGUUUGGUCUUGGAGGAAACUCCUUAGUCAUCUGGAUCUGUGGAUGGAAAAUGAAAAAGACAGUGAUAACCACCUUUUACAUCAGUCUGGCUAUUUCCAACCUUUUGUUCUGUGUCUUCCUGCCCCUGGAAGUUUUCUACAUGAUGACUCUGCACUGGCCAUUUGGACUGCUCAUGUGCAAGCUGACCUCCUCUGUCCUAUUUCUCAACAUGUACAGCAGUGUGUUUCUAUUAGUCCUGAUUAGCAUUGAUAGAUGUGUAAUGGUUUCAUUUCCUGUUUGGUCACAAAACCAUCGUUGCCCGUGGAAAGCUCUGGUAAUUGUUGCCAUAGUGUGGGUGCUAUCCGCACUCUUGACCCUCCCCUCAAUGAUCUAUAGGCAUAUCACUGCACAUGGCACAGUCACUCAGUGUUAUUCAAAUUACAAAGUCAAAUCACAGCACAAAGCAGUGGCACAAACACGAUUUAUUUGUGGCUUUGUUAUUCCUUUUUUAAUCAUUGUUGUUUGUGGUGUAGUGCUUGCGGUCCAGCUUAAGAAUGUGACACUUAAAUCUGCAAGACCAUAUAAAAUUUUGUCAGCUCUUAUAUGUUCAUUUUUCUUCUGCUGGGUUCCUUAUCAUACUUUUAUCUUUUUGGAGUUAGACUUCAACUACAGCCCAGAUGUACUUCGCACAGGACUAAGGAUUGGUGCAACCUUGGCAGCAGCAAACACUUUCAUGUCACCAGUUCUCUAUGUGUUUAUUGGUAAUGACUUUAAGACCACUCUAAAACGGUCACUCACAUCAAGAAUAGAAGCAGCACUGGCCGAUGAUCUACGCUCAAGAUCAAAGUCAGUGGAUAUUGUACAAUUGUAAAAUGUAUACAAAUGUUUUGUUUACAAAAAUACCAGUUGUGUUUUUUUCCAAUAAAAUUCUGCCAAUGUUGUGUCAAAAAUGAAA